AUGCUUACAAAUCUCCCUCAAGAAAUUCAUCACGAAAUUUUCACCUAUCUAGACUAUGUGGGUGAAUUGUGUCGAUAUAAGAAACUCAUGAUUCCUCGAUUUAAUCUCUCGGAGUGGACAAGAGAGGAAUUUGAGAGUAAAAUUAUGGAUUCUAAUGAUGAAAUUUGCACCGAUCAACUCGAUGUUAACUUUGAUAAGAAACCACUCUUUUUAACUUGUAAGGCAUUCUACCAUUCCGUACAGAGUUUUAAACCACUCUCUUUACAUUUUAAAAUUUUAGGAAGAAGUCAGAGUCCAAAACAUGAAUUUGAUUUUUAUAAAUCGUUUUUGAUAUCUUUGUUUUCAAGUCAUGAUGAUAAGAAACCUAAGAAGACUAAUAGAGGUGAUUAUUCAGAGAUGAUAUAUGAAUUUAUUCAGAAUAUUGAAAAAUUCACAAAUUCAUCUUUUACCUUUGAAAAUGUUGAACAUGUAGAAUUUUGGAGCAGUGAAUUGAAAUUCUUUUCAAAUUGCGAUUUAAGCAAAUUGAUUUUGAGUAAUUUUUACAAUGUAAAAGUUGUAAAUGUUAACUUUAGCGGAAAUUACAGUAAAACUUUGCAUUUUAGAGUUAUAGAAUGUCAAAGAUUGAACAAAUCAUUUGUUGGACCUAAAAUACACUCUAAUUUCAAUAGUACAAGAAUUAAUGUGGACGAUUUAGAUAGAAUCUUCUCUCCAGGCUAUAUUUUGAAUAUAGAGGCGUACUUAUUGAGUGCUAUUGAAACAAACUUUCAAAUAGUAUUCGAUUACAUAUUGAGUAGAUAUAGGAUUGACAUUGAAUAUUUCAUUUAUCUGUGUAAUGUACAACCGAAUUUUCUGUUUGGUGAAGACAAGAGUUUAGAAUCAGUUUUGCAAAUGCUACAAAAACUUCAUAACAAGUAUCCAAAAUUUAAAUUGUUUCACUUGCCAAUUUAUUCAGUGAAUUAUUUCAAAUUGCUUCCAAGGUAUUCAUUUGUGGAUUUGGAUUUAUCAAGAAAUUUAUCAUUGAAGUUUGUUAAAACAAUUUGGAGCAACCCUCAAUUGAAAGAAAUGACCAUUACAAGGAGUGGAAAUGACCUUUCGGAUUGGGGAGAGUUAAUUAAUUCGCUAGAAUUCAAUCGUGGUUGUUGA